AUGUUUCAUACAGAAUAUAACAAUUAUUUCGAAGGCAGUUAUGAACAGAUAACAAAUGGAUCAUAUACAAAGAAUGGAAAUGCCUAUCUUUAUAAUAGUUUUUUCAAAGAUCUUUCAAACCGAGUACUUUAUUCUAGUGGUGACCUUAAAACUGUUAUUGAAUCUACUACAUUUAUAUCUAUUUCCACCAAUGAAGGUUAUGGUGGCUGUAUCUUUCUUAAUGAAAACGGCGAAAUUGUUCAAAACCGUGUUUGUUCCACAGAUUGUUGGGCAGAUUCUAAUGGACAGCAUUGUUAUUGCAUAACAUCUAUAGGAGAUUCUAAAAAUUGGAUCCUAGAAUCAUCAUUUUCUCGAACUUUUAAUGAAGAAAAAGGUGAUAUUUCAAUUUCUUUUUAUCAUGGGCACCAAUUUCUUUAUAAUUCUAAUAUUUCGUAUUUUAAAACAAGUUCAAUAUCUGCAUAUUUCUUUUGCACAGCAGAUACAGAAUCAAAUUCAUCUAUGAAUUCUAUUAUUAAUAACACAUCAUCUAGUGAUAUAUGUAUUUGUUUUAGUACAGAUACAUAUCAACAACCUCAUGAUGAAAAAUUAUUUCGAAGUAACAUUAUAAACAACAAAGCAAAAGAUCAACUAAUUGAAGUAUAUCAGAAUUCAUUAACUAUUUAUGAAUGUAAUAUCAUAAAUAGUUUUGCCGAUAAUAUUUUCAUUAUCCAAUCCCCAUAUGGUAAUGAUUUUAGAGGUUCUAUUUCUAUAGAGAAUAGUUGCUUAAAUAAUAACCAAGGAACAAUCCCAAAUGACAUAUCAAUAACAUCAACAAAAAAUGAAAUGAUCGAAAACCAUCUUAAGCAUUUAUCAGCAGAUCUUUGUUUCGAAAGCAACACUAGAAAUAUAAUUUCAAAUAUUAUUGACAAUAACGAAGCUUUCAUAAAUAUUGUUAUUGAAGAUGCAGAUGAAAUUGAAAUCAUCAAUAAAAAAGAAAGAGAUUUCCGUAAAUUCUGGACAUUUGUUUUCUUGAACAUAUCCAUUUAA